AUGCCCAGCAUCUUGGCGUACCAGAGCUCUGAGGUGGACUGGUGUGAGAGCAACUUCCAGUACUCGCAGCUGGUGGCCGAGUUCUACAACACGUUCAGCAACAUCUCCUUCCUGAUCUUCGGGCCACUCAUGAUGUUCCUCAUGCACCCCUACACCCAGAAGCGCUCCCGCUGCAUCUAUGGUACCUUUGUCCUCUUCACCAUCAUUGGCCUGUUCUCCAUGUACUUCCACAUGACGCUCAGCUUCCUGGGCCAGCUGCUGGAUGAGAUCGCCAUCCUGUGGCUACUGGCCAGUAGCUACAGCAUCUGGAUGCCCCGCUGCUACUUCCCCUCCUUCCUCGCAAGCAACAGGUCCCACUUCACCUGCCUGGUCAUUGCCACCACCACGAUCAGCACCUUCCUGUCCUUCCUGAAGCCCACGGUCAAUGCAUAUGCCCUCAACAGCAUCGCCAUACACAUCCUGUACAUCGUGUACCGCGAGUACCGGAAGACCAGCAAUAAGGAGCUUCGGCACCUGAUCGAGGUGUCCGUGGUUUUAUGGGCCUGUGCUGUGACGAGCUGGAUCAGCGACCGCUUCCUUUGCGGCUUCUGGCAGCGGAUUCAUUUCUUCUACCUGCACAGCAUCUGGCACGUGCUCAUCAGCAUCACCUUCCCUUACGGCCUGGUCACCAUGGCCUUGGUGGACGCCAGCUACGAGAUGCCAGGCCAAACCCUCAAAGUCCGCUACUGGCCGCGGGACACUUGGCCCAUGGGGCUGCCCUAUGUAGAAGUCCAGGGCGAUGACAAGAGCUGCUGA